AUGAAUAGAUUACUGGAUGACCUGAAUCGCGCUCAAAGGCUUGCGGUCGUCUCGCCUUCACUGGCUCUACAGGUCCUGGCGCCUCCUGGAUCUGGAAAGACGAAAACACUCACCGCUCGUGUAUCUUAUCUCAUCGCCGAACGAGGACUAAAGCCAUGGAAUAUCGUUGUUUGCACCUUUACCGUGAAAGCGGCACGAGAGAUGAAGGAACGAAUCAAAGACCUUGUAGGCGAUGGCUUGGAGAAGAAGCUUGUCCUAGGAACCUUCCACUCGGUCGCUCGACGCUUUCUCGUCUCCUAUGGCCACUUGAUCGGCAUUGAGAAGAAUUUUGGUAUUGCCGAUAUGUCGGACAGCAGAGCUAUCAUCACUCGCAUUAUCAAACGCCAGGGCUUCUCAAUCGAACCGGGAAGCGCAGGAGCCAGGAUCUCAAGUCUCAAAGCCAAGAGCGUCAGCGCCGAGCAGUAUGGCGUUACUCGCAAAGCCGCUGAGCAAGAGUUCAGUAUUGUCUAUGCUGAGUACGAGGAAGCUUUACGAACGUCCAAUUUGUUAGACUACGACGACUUGCUCCUUCGUUGUGCUCUGCUUCUUCGUCAACAUCCUCAGUGUGUCUCCAACAUUGAGGCUGUCCUCAUUGACGAGUUUCAAGACACGAACAGCGUACAAUUCGAGCUUAUGUGCCUGUUUUCUCAGUUCAAAAAGAACGUCACUAUCGUUGGUGAUCCUGAUCAAAGUAUCUAUGGCUGGCGAAACGCUGAAAUUAAAAACCUUGAACGGAUGGAGAAGCGUUUCCCUGGCACUGAUGUGAUACAUCUGGAAGAGAACUACAGAUCAGCAGGAGCCAUUCUCCAAUCAGCCCAGCAGAUCAUUGAGCAAGAUGAGAGCAGACCGACGAAGGCCCUGAAGCCCACUUUCGGUAUUGGAGACCGGCCAGUCCUUCGCAAACUGCCCACAGCCGAUGCGGAGGCAAAAUGGCUUGUUGCAGAAAUCAGGAGGACACAGGCUCUGAGUGCAGAGCUGCUCAAACCGAACGACUUUGCGAUCUUGCUCAGGUCAGCAGCUGUAUCAAGACAUAUUGAGUCAGCACUCGGCAACUCCGGAAUUCCCUAUCGCAUGGUCGGAGGAACCAAAUUCUUCGAUCGUAUCGAGGUCAAGAUGGUAUUGGAUUACCUCCGUGUGAUAAAUCAACCAGAUCACAACGAUGCACUGCUACGAAUUAUCAAUGUCCCCACUCGUGGCGUUGGCGAUGUGACUGUCAAAGGUCUUAUCGAUGAAGCUGAGAAGAAAGGCAGCACUCUGUGGAACAUAGUCCUCAACAUCGUCCAAGGCAAAGCAAGAUCAAAUACGAAACUCUCCACUCAGGGAUUGAAGGGUUUGACAGAUUUCGUCAACCUCGUCCUGACUGGUCAGAAGAAGAUAACAGGGACAGGAGAUCAACAAGCAUCACCUUUCGAAUUGGUCGAGUACCUCAUCAAGAAGUUGGAUCUCUCGAAAUUCUUGCAAAAGAAAUACCCUGACGAUUACGAGACUCGUUGGGCCAAUAUUGAAGAACUCAAAGCACAAACAGCAGACUUGACAGCCGCAAUGGCUCAAGGCAAACAGUUCAUUGAAGAGGAGGUGCUUCCAGAUAUUGAAGGUUUGGAACAACGUCUCAUUAAUGCCAACGAAGAUGCCUUGACUGUAUUCCUUGCGAACAUCGCGCUUUCGAGCGAGGCCCAACGAAAGCAGGAGGAAAAUCCUGACGAGACUCAGCAGCAUGUCACGAUCUCGACCAUACAUGCAGCAAAAGGUCUCGAAUGGCCUGUGGUCUUCAUUCCCGCCUGUUACGAAGGCUCAAUACCACACUCGAGAGCUGAUGACAUUGAUGAAGAACGAAGACUGUUGUACGUCGGCAUGACCAGAGCCCAGGCAUUGCUAUACUUGAGCUGUCCCAACAAGAACAGUCAAUCGGGAGAAACAACCAUGUCCCACUUCCUUACACAAAGAGGAAUAGAAGCAUUUUUCGAAACUCAAGGACCAAAGCUAUACGAUGAUGCAGUUGUUGAGCUGGCAAGAACAUUGAGAAGAGACCAGCCUGCUCUACAACAACUCAUCAAAGCACGCAGCACCUACGAGACACCCGAAGACUCCCACUGGCCCAUCGACGGCACUUUCCCUAAGAGCGAAAACACAAGAUGGGAUCAAGGACGCGAGAUUGAAUCCAAAGAAGGUAUUUACGCAAACAAGCGACGCAGAACAGAGAAUGAGCAGCAAAGCGGACCAACAGUGCCAGUAGCUGGAUUCAUGCCAGCCUCCAAAGUCACUAUGCAGAAUCCAGCAGGUUUCUCGACUGCAUCAAUGUCAAUUCCACCAAAGAUUACAACAGCCACCUCUCGCAUGCAAGAAUCGAACUCUGUACAGGAGGAAGCCAGACUUCGGGAUAUAGACGCACGCAAAGCACCAAUUAAGAAAAGCAAAGCCGCUGAGGGCACAGCUAACAUCAUGUCCUUUUUCGGAAAACCAAAGGUCGUCGCUACAGCAGUGGAAUCGACACGUACAGUUAGUGUUCCAGAGACCCACGCGUUGCCCAAGCCUCCAGCAUCUAUACCUCGCUACGUCUCCAACCCCCUAAACGACAUCUCAAACCUCUCUUCUUCACGCCCUGGGCAUACACAACAUACGCCUAUAGCACCUCCAAGCAAACCAGCACAACUCUCGAACUUCAAACUCCGUACCACACCUUUGACCACAAAACCUACAUCGACCAAAAUCCGGAACGAGGACACUGUACCUCCAGCAUCAAAAGCAUAUACAUUUCUCUCAAGUCCUCCUCCAGUAGAUCCACCAUUUUCGCCUCCAGAAGAGAGAGGUACUGCUGGAGGAACAGAGCAAAAAGCAGAGACCUUCAGACCGGCGAGUACGUUUCAUGCUACCAGUGUUGGGCAAGUUAGCAAUAGGAAUGCUGGUGCGCCGCGACGGUUGGGCAUGGGAAGGAGUUUCAAGCCUUGGAGCGCUAGAGGCGGUCGAGGUGGCUGA